AUGCCAUCAUCAGAAGCGGCGGAAAAAGAAAGAUUACUGAAACAUGAAGAAGCAGCAAAAGCACUCGGUAAACCGAUCUACGAUGACAUGAAGGGUGGUUCCUUCGUAUGUUUUUAUUAUCUUUUUCCUAUCAUUUCCACAAACGAGCUUGCAGCAUUUGCAAACAUGCAAAUAUUUGUUGUGGAUGUGUCAUUUUCCGAUACAAAAGAGAAUAAUAAUAUGGCGGUGUCGACAUUUGCACUAAUUGUUUAA